CUUGAAUAUUAUCAGUUUCAUAUUAUUUUGUGCACAUUUUCCCCUGGCACUCUGGGCUGUUAGCCCCGCGCCGGGUACGGGGCCUCAGACACUGCGCGGUUUCCUGGGAGCAACCAGCUAAAGAAAACCCCCCCGGCGCCAGCAAGGGAGGAGGCGGCGGGGGAAGAUGCGCGGCGCUGGCUGGCAGACGCUGUCCCUGUCGCUGGGGUUAGUGCUGACUGUCCUGACCGAGGUGGCGCCGCAGGCGUGCCCCGCGCAGUGUUCCUGCUCCGGCAGCACAGUGGACUGUCACGGGCUGGCGCUGCGCAGCGUGCCCAGGAAUAUCCCCCGCAACACGGAGAGACUGGAUUUGAAUGGAAAUAACAUCACAAGGUUAACAAAGACUGAUUUUGCUGGCCUGAGACACCUACGAGUUCUUCAGCUAAUGGAGAAUAAGAUUAGCACCAUUGAAAGAGGAGCAUUCCAGGAUCUUAAAGAACUAGAGAGACUGCGUUUAAACAGAAACCACCUUCAGCUGUUUCCUGAGUUGCUGUUUCUUGGGACUUCGAAGCUGUACAGGCUAGAUCUCAGUGAAAACCAAAUUCAGGCAAUCCCAAGGAAGGCUUUCCGUGGAGCUGUGGACAUUAAAAACUUGCAACUGGAUUACAACCAGAUCAGCUGUAUUGAAGAUGGGGCAUUUAGGGCUCUCCGGGACCUGGAAGUGCUCACUCUCAACAAUAACAACAUUACGAGACUUUCUGUGGCAAGUUUCAACCAUAUGCCUAAACUUAGGACUUUCCGACUCCAUUCCAACAACCUGUACUGUGACUGUCACCUGGCCUGGCUCUCUGACUGGCUUCGACAGAGGCCUCGGGUUGGCCUGUAUACGCAGUGCAUGGGCCCCUCCCACCUAAGAGGCCAUAAUGUAGCUGAGGUUCAAAAACGAGAAUUUGUCUGCAGUGGUCACCAGUCCUUUGUCGCUCCUUCUUGCAGCGUCUUGCACUGCCCCGCCGCGUGCACCUGUAGCAACAAUAUCGUAGACUGUCGUGGGAAGGGUCUCACGGAAAUCCCCACAAAUCUGCCAGAGACCAUCACAGAAAUACGUUUGGAACAGAAUUCAAUCAAAGUCAUUCCUCCUGGAGCUUUCUCGCCAUAUAAAAAGCUGAGAAGAAUGGUCCUGUAUGGAAAUAAAAUCACAGAACUCCCCAAAAGUUUAUUUGAAGGACUGUUUUCCUUACAGCUCCUAUUAUUGAAUGCCAACAAGAUAAACUGCCUUCGGGUGGACGCUUUUCAGGAUCUGCACAACCUGAACCUUCUCUCCUUAUAUGACAACAAGCUUCAGACCAUCGCCAAGGGGACCUUUUCGCCUCUUCGGGCUAUUCAGACUAUGCAUUUAGCCCAGAACCCUUUUAUCUGUGACUGCCAUCUCAAGUGGCUGGCGGACUAUCUGCACACCAACCCCAUCGAGACCAGUGGUGCCCGCUGCACCAGCCCCCGCCGGCUGGCGAACAAAAGAAUCGGACAGAUCAAAAGCAAGAAAUUCCGUUGUUCAGCUAAAGAACAGUAUUUCAUUCCAGGUACAGAAGAUUAUCGAUCAAAAUUAAGUGGAGACUGCUUUGCAGAUUUAGCUUGCCCGGAAAAGUGCCGCUGUGAAGGGACCACCGUAGAUUGCUCCAAUCAGAAACUCAACAAAAUUCCAGAUCAUAUCCCCCAGUACACUGCAGAGCUACGUCUAAAUAACAAUGAAUUUACAGUGUUAGAAGCCACAGGAAUCUUUAAGAAACUUCCUCAGUUGCGGAAAAUAAACUUUAGUAACAAUAAGAUCGCAGAUAUUGAGGAGGGAGCCUUUGAAGGAGCAUCUGGUGUCAAUGAAAUACUUCUUACGAGCAAUCGUUUGGAGAGCGUUCGGCAUAAGAUGUUCAAGGGAUUGGAAAGCCUCAAAACUUUAAUGUUGAGGAGCAAUCAGAUAAGCUGUGUGGCGAAUGACAGCUUCAUAGGACUCAGUUCUGUGCGUUUGCUUUCUCUCUAUGAUAAUCAAAUUACCACGGUUGCACCAGGGGCAUUUGAUACUCUCCAUUCAUUGUCUACUCUAAACCUCUUGGCCAAUCCUUUUAACUGUAACUGCUACCUGGCCUGGUUGGGAGAGUGGCUCAGGAAGAAAAGAAUCGUGACGGGGAAUCCUCGAUGUCAGAAACCGUACUUCCUCAAAGAAAUUCCCAUCCAGGAUGUGGCCAUCCAGGACUUCACUUGCGAUGAUGGAAAUGAUGACAACAGUUGUUCCCCACUCUCUCGCUGCCCGACGGAAUGUACUUGCUUAGAUACAGUUGUCCGAUGCAGCAACAAGGGCUUGAAGGUCCUGCCCAAAGGAAUUCCAAAAGAUGUCACAGAGUUGUAUCUUGAUGGAAACCAAUUUACGCUGGUUCCAAAGGAACUCUCUAACUACAAACAUUUAACACUUAUAGACUUAAGUAACAACAGAAUAAGCACCCUUUCCAAUCAGAGCUUCAGCAACAUGACCCAGCUCCUCACCUUAAUUCUUAGUUACAACCGCCUGAGAUGUCUUCCUCCUCGAACCUUUGAUGGAUUGAAGUCUCUUCGAUUACUCUCCCUACAUGGAAAUGACAUUUCUGUCGUGCCUGAAGGUGCUUUCAAUGACCUCUCUGCACUGUCACAUCUAGCGAUUGGAGCCAACCCUCUUUACUGUGAUUGUAACAUGCAGUGGUUAUCCGACUGGGUGAAGUCGGAAUACAAGGAACCCGGAAUUGCCCGCUGUGCUGGUCCUGGAGAAAUGGCUGAUAAACUAUUACUCACAACUCCCUCCAAAAAAUUUACGUGUCAAGGCCCCGUGGAUGUCAAUAUUCUAGCUAAAUGUAAUCCCUGCCUCUCAAAUCCAUGUAAAAAUGAUGGCACCUGUAACAGCGAUCCGGUGGACUUUUAUCGGUGCACCUGUCCUUAUGGUUUUAAGGGACAGGACUGUGAUGUCCCAAUUCAUGCAUGUAUUAGUAACCCAUGUAAACACGGAGGAACUUGCCACUUAAAAGAAGGAGAAAAGGAUGGAUUCUGGUGUGUUUGUGCUGAUGGGUUUGAAGGAGAAAAUUGUGAAAUCAACGUUGAUGAUUGUGAAGACAAUGACUGCGAAAAUAAUUCUACCUGUGUCGAUGGAAUUAACAACUACACAUGCCUUUGCCCACCUGAGUAUACAGGUGAGCUGUGUGAGGAGAAGCUGGACUUCUGCGCACAGGACCUGAAUCCCUGCCAGCACGAUUCCAAGUGCAUCCUGACACCCAAGGGAUUCAAAUGUGACUGCACGCCGGGAUACAUAGGCGAGCACUGCGACAUCGAUUUUGACGACUGCCAAGAUAACAAGUGUAAAAACAGAGCCCACUGCAGGGACGCGGUGAACGGCUACACGUGCAUCUGCUCUGAAGGGUACAGUGGCUUGUUCUGCGAGUUUUCUCCGCCCAUGGUCCUCCCCCGCACCAGCCCCUGUGAUAAUUUUGAUUGUCAGAAUGGAGCUCAGUGCAUCAUCAGGAUAAACGAGCCGAUAUGUCAGUGCCUGCCCGGCUACCAGGGGGACAAGUGUGAAAAACUGGUCAGCGUGAAUUUCAUAAACAAGGAGUCUUAUCUUCAAAUUCCGUCAGCCAAGGUUCGGCCUCAGACAAACAUCACACUUCAGAUCGCCACAGACGAAGACAGCGGGAUCCUCCUGUAUAAGGGGGACAAAGACCAUAUCGCAGUGGAACUCUACCGGGGCCGCGUCCGUGCCAGCUACGAUACCGGCUCUCAUCCAGCUUCUGCCAUUUACAGUGUGGAGACAAUCAAUGAUGGGAACUUCCACAUUGUGGAACUUCUCGCCCUGGACCAGAGUCUCUCUUUGUCUGUGGACGGAGGGAGCCCCAAAGUCAUCACCAACUUGUCCAAGCAGUCCACUCUGAAUUUUGACUCUCCCCUGUAUGUAGGAGGCAUGCCCGGGAAGAACAACGUGGCAUCUCUGCGCCAGGCAUCCGGGCAGAACGGCACCAGCUUCCAUGGCUGCAUCCGGAACCUUUACAUCAACAGUGAGCUGCAGGACUUCCGCAAGGUGCCCAUGCAAACAGGCAUUCUGCCUGGCUGUGAGCCAUGCCAUAAGAAGGUGUGUGCCCAUGGCACGUGCCAGCCCAGCAGCCAGGCAAGCUUCACCUGCGAGUGCCAGGAAGGAUGGACGGGGCCCCUCUGUGACCAGCAAACCAAUGACCCCUGUCUUGGGAAUAAAUGCGUGCAUGGCACCUGCCUGCCCAUCAAUGCGUUCUCCUACAGCUGUAAGUGCCUGGAGGGCCAUGGGGGUGUCCUCUGUGAUGAAGAGGAAGCCCUGUUCAACCCCUGCCAGGCCAUCAGGUGUAAGCACGGGAAGUGCAGGCUCUCGGGACUUGGGCAGCCCUACUGUGAAUGCAGCAGCGGAUACACGGGGGACAGCUGUGAUCGAGAAAUCUCCUGUCGAGGGGAACGGGUAAGAGAUUAUUACCAAAAGCAGCAGGGCUAUGCCGCCUGUCAAACAACCAAGAAGGUCUCCCGAUUGGAGUGCAAAGGUGGGUGUGUGGGAGGGCAGUGCUGUGGACCUCUGAGGAGCAAGCGGCGGAAAUAUGCUUUUGAAUGCACUGACGGGUCCUCUUUCGUGGACGAAGUUGAGAAGGUGGUCAAGUGUGGCUGCACAAGGUGUGCGUCCUAAACGCACCCCUGGGCUGCUCCGUCUUUGGAAAAUGUUGUCUACUUCUUGACAGUGUUGGACUAACGAAUGCUUCAUAGUGGAAAUAUUUGAAAUAUAUUGUAAAAUAUAGAACAGACUUAUUUUUAUUAUAAAAAUAAAGACUUUUUUUUUCUGCAUUUGG